UCAGUAUAUUAUCAUGUGUUCCACAGACAACACCUAAAUUUUAAAAUAUAAGCCUGUUUUAUUUUGGUUCUCACAUUAUACUUAAAGAUAUUUAAAGGUUAAAAAGGUUAAAAAAUUGGACUCGAAUCGAGAAAAAAAACUAUAAGCUAAGAAGAGAUUACAUAUUUAUCACAAUGAUGGGCAGACAGGAUGCGCAAAGCCGAGGAUCCAGGAGAUCCUCGGGAGGUCAGAGCUCACAGGGGCCACCCGUCUGCCAGGAACCCGACCUGCCGAACACCUACGUGCAGGAGCAGCCCACCAUGUACCAGUGGAUGCGGUGGAGCAACUGCAAGACCCACAAGCCCCACCUGCAGGAGACUUACCCCACCAUUCUGCCGCCGAUCUCCAGGUGCGACGAUGCCAAGACCUUGGGGUACAUAGAAGACGCCUUGCUGGCGAACAAAUGCAACCGACUCAACGAACACAGGGAGGAUGUGCUGACCGUGUGGAACUACAGUCCCCAGAAGGAGACACUGGCUUGGUAUGGCGUCGGAUCCGAGUACCACACUCCGCAGGCUGCCUUCUUCGACAGAGCCCUGCAGAAGAGCCUUAAGGCGGCCAGUCUGCUGCCCAAGCCGCCGAAGAAGUCAAACAUAAAACCGAAGUGGCAGAUUAAGCCAAAAACCCCAGAACCCGGGGCUUACAUCCUGAAUAGAAGGUGUCUGAAGGCCAAGCUGGACAAGAUGCCCAACGUUAGGCGCCAGCUGAAGCCGAGCAACGCCUUCUCCUGGCUUCACUGCCCACAGCCAGCGGAUCCGGAGCAUCCGUUCGAGGACAACGCCGAUUUCCCAGAGAUCAGCAGGGAGCAGGCGAUGGACAUGGCCAAACCGGAGAAGCCUCCGAAGCACGGUUUGAGACGUAAGCACUGGUACUGCCCCCCGAAGUGCGGCGAAGCUGAGAAUAAGUGCACCGACUACGAGUGGGCCAAGUACAAGUUGGACUCGAGACCCUAUGACGAGGCCUUCCAGCGGGAGAUGGAUGCCCGACAUGCGGCCAAACCAGCUGAGCCACGCAACUACGAGGAGCUGUACAAGUCUCUGGUGACCUGCUUCGUUCAGGAUCCGAACGGAAAGGAUGAUCUAUGCGAGGCGCUGGAGAAGUGCUGUAAGGAUCCCACGGAUCCGCCAUCCCAGGGAUGCGGCGAAUUCCUUCCGGAAGGCCCCGGAGGUGACGGUGAGUCGGGAGAUAAAGAUAAGGACAAAGACAAGGACAAAAAAAAGAACACGGAGGAUAAAGACAAAGACAAAGAGAACGAUAAGGACAAAAAGAACAAGGGUGAUGGUGACAAAGACGGUGGUAAAGGAAAAGGGGAUAGGGAUGGCGAUAAAGGGGAUGGUGGGAAAGUGGAGGGCGACAAUGGGGGCGGCGACAAGGGGGAUCUUGAUAAGGGCGAAGGGGACAAGGACGGUAAGAAAGAUGGGGGGAAAAAGAAAAAGGAGAAUGAGAGCGGGACUGAAAAGAAAGAGGAAAAAGAAAAUGAAAAGAAGAAUGUGGAUAAGGAGAAGGACAAAGACAAGGACAAAGGUAAAGGCAGGGGCAAGGACAAGAAGACGGAAGACUCGGACUUCAGGUCCUCCGAAGACGAACGUCCUGGAGUUCCCCGAAGUACCGAUACCGUUCCCCCGAGCCAAGAAUCGCCCACUGGCGAAGGGGUUGGCCCUGAUUUGGUGGACACCGAUAAGGACAGCGAAAAGGAUAAAGGCAAGGAUAAAGACAAAAAGGAUAAGGACCAGGGCAAGGAUAAAGGCAAAAAGGAUAAGGGCAAAGGGAAAAAGAAAAGGCCAAAGAAGCCAAAGAAGGAUAAGGACAACAAGGGGGAUGGUGGGGCGAUCAAGGACUGUCCCUGCGAGAUCUGCUGUCCGCCGAAGGAGGAGGACACCCCGCUGAUCAAGGAGAUGCGGCGGCGGGAUCGGGAGCGCCAGGUGCGGGACUACCUCCGCCAGAUGCGCCACCGGCAGUACAUGGAGUGCAAGGACCCGAACUACCCGGCCCGCCAGCACAAGUGCGACCCCAUCCAGUGCAACUGCCAGUUCUGCAGCAACCCCAGGAUGCAGUCCCAUUUCGCCAGGGUCCAGGCCGUGCAGCAAUUGCAGCGUCUCCUGCAGCGAAGGAAUCAGCGGGACGAUGGCCAAAUAUGCAGUCAUCUGGAAGAGCUUCUAUCGCGGCUGUGCAACCGCAUGACCCGGAGUGAUAGCCUUUGCGUGUGACCGUGUCCCCGCCUCGUCUGUGUUGUGGUGACGUUUCAUGGGUCCAAGUCUGUAUUUGUAACUGGUGCCUGGAGUUGUGCAUUCGUGUUAGCCAUGUCUUGCGCUGCCUUGAAGCGAUCUAAUUUGUGUCCUUUAAAUAAACUCGGAUCUCUAGCUGA